AAUAGUCUUGAGCAAGAGCGUUUUCUGGCAGACGGAGCAGAAGAGUAGCGGCACAGGGGCUCAGGGGCCAUUUCUGUCAUCAUAGCGGAGGGGGGCGGGGCUUGUAAACCGAAAACUCUUCAGAACUGAGUGGAGAACACAGCAUUGUAGUGGGGAAUUGCAGGCGGAGGAAGAAGCGGCCAAGAAAGGCAUCGUCUUCCAAAAGCCACGAUGGAGACCUUCAGUUCCAAAGACAUGGCCAUGAAGGCCCAGAAGAAACUCCUCAGUCACAUGGCCAGCAAGACGAUGGUGAAUAUGUUCAUUGACGACACUACUAGCGAGAUCUUGGAUGAGCUCUACCGGGUGUCUAAGGAACACUCCGGCAACCGUACGAAGGCCCAGAAGGUGGUGAAGGACCUCAUCAAGGUGGCGGUGAAGAUCGGUGUGCUCUUUCGCCACAACCAAUUCAGCCAUGAGGAGCUUGGACUGGCAGAUGAGUUUAAGAAGAAGCUUCACACAGGAGCUAUGACAGCCAUAAGCUUCCAGGAGGUGGAGUUUUCCUUCGACAAAGUAGUGAUGGCAAACAUCUUAACAGAGUCCCGGGACAUGCUUCUCAAGCUGGUAGAAAAGCACCUCACACCAAAGUCACAUGGGCGCAUCACGAACGUCUUCAACCAUUAUGCAGACCACGAUCUGCUGGAAAAUCUCUACAAUCCCAAAGGGAAACUCUGGCCCCAUCUGACCAAAAUUUGUGCCGGUCUCAAUAAGUUGGUGGAGGAUGGGAAACUAUGAGGUUGACGAACUUGGGGAGGGACUGGGUUAGAGCUCAACAGGGGAGGUGCGAAGACCCGGCUGAGUUAUCACACAAUGGAGGGACUGCAAUCCAGUCUUUAUCUGUGGACAGCCGGAGGCACUGCAGUUAAAAAACUCAAUGUGUCAUUUAAAUAUCAAUCCCAGAAAAGGAAUCGCUGUUGUACUUUCAAAAAGGUACUUAAAUAUAAAUACCUUGGAAAAUAUAUGGCCUUAAUAAUGAAUCGAAGAAUAUAAUUGUAAGCCUUGGAUAGAAGGGCCUGAUGGGAUACAAAGAGUCGUACAGUUUGGUGAGUGGUUUUGUUAAACCAGAGACUAUAUCUUUCCAUUCAGGUAACAAUGUCAUCCCGUCCAUUGAAUAUUUAAUAAACAGGCUGCCUUGUAUUAAACCUUUAACCAUAAAAGAGAAUAAUGCUCAUCCUGGGUGGUCACUGUUAGCUGAUUCCCAGGCAUGUAGCAAUAUUGUUGAUCACUGUUUUUUAUAUAUAUAAUAGUUUGGGGAGCAUUUUUAUUUAUUUGUUCACUGUAGAUAUGUAUCUUCCAAUUGCCAAAAGUGUUACAAGCAAGCACUGAGUCUUCGUCCUGUUUUAAAUACUCUAUAUCCCUAAAUGUUUUAUCUGUGUACAUCAGUGAGUGGGGAAGAGUGCUUUAACAUGAGGGGGAAAAGGCAGGACCGAAAGAAUACGUACAGCUCUGGAAAGCAUUAAGAGACCACAGUACAAUUUUUUGUUUCACUCGUUUCUCAAUUUAUGGAUGUGUGUCUGUGAAAUAUAUAUAUAGCCUGGUUCUUCCCUGCUUCUCAUUAAUGAAGGGCUUCUUCCUUGCUUUAUGGGUCUCCAGUCCUGCUUCUAGGAGCCUCACAGACACUGUUCUAGCAGUGCACCUCACACCUGCACUUAAUGUCUCCCAUUCCUUUUGAAGGUCACUUGAUAUCAUCCUUCAAUUCACGAGAAACUGCCGGAUAAGUUAACGGUCAUCUCUGCCAUUAGAACUUCCGCCCUUUACCUGAUUGGUUUCUGGUCGUUCCCAGUGUCUCCUGCUUCACCUUGUUCUUGAGUACUACUGUGGUACAAACUUUGAGCUUGGAAGCAGCAGAGCCAGGAUUCAACCAGGAUUUUUAAAUGCAGAUUUGUUUAAAAAUAUAGAGCGUUCUCUUAAUUUUUUUCCAGAGCUGUGAAUUGUACCUUGGGUUUAUCACAUGGAGAUAUUAGGGUCUGAAAAUUCAGGUGCUCCAUCUAGUGUUUAGAUUGAGUAACACAGUAUGAAAGUCACUCAUUUUAUGUAAAAUCCAACUAUUAGCAAGGUGACAGACCAUCACAACUUGAAAUUUGCUGUGAACCCAUUUACCAAAUGGCAACUGAAUACUGAAUAUAAUCUUGACUGUUCCCCAUUGUUGCAACAAACAUAUUUUCCUGUUUGUAUGACUUUUUAAUAAAGAAUGCUCCUGUCACAACAA